GAGUUACGGAAUCACAGCUGACUAAUUUCUAACCACGUUUUCUGGGACCAUUGCAUUUAUUAUAAGAGAACCUAAGAUUACAUUAGAUUUUGAGCACUUUUUGAUCGCCAAAUAAAAGGAACAAACAUUGGAGAAACCUUUGUUCUACUUCCGAACACGUGUAUUAAGUACGUCAAACAAUUACGAACUCCGAAAUCGUUACCGAGCAUUACAAAGUACACUCUGGAACAAUUUAAAAACGCAGACCAGUAAAAAAGUAUAUGCUAAUACAUGUGGUUUAACUGGCCAGACAGCUCUUGCAGAUAUCACCGUGGAUUUUACAGGAUAUUCUCCUGACGGCAAUAAUAUAUACAAAUAUUACUACACGUCUUCAGUGGAUAUAACGAAAAUAAAACUGAAUAAUAUCGCACAAGAUGUUGGAUUCUUAGUUGUCCAAGUACAUACCCAAUUUGAGAAUGUGACAUUAUCAAACUCUUCUAGAAUAGUUUAUGGUGCAUAUGUAAGUGGUACCAACUUGGGGCUGGUAUGGAGCUCUUUGUCAAGCACGGCAACAUUCUAUUUAAUAAGAAAUAUUAAGGUUGAAAGUAGUGUUGGAUUUUUGUUAGCUGUGACAGUUUAUGAUGAGUAUGAUCCUGUACCAGGAGGCUGUAACUUAAGCUUCGACGUACCCGUAGCUCCGUACCAAGUCAUAAAUUACAACAACGACUAUCUAACAGUCAAAAGCCAACCACCAUCAGCCUAUGGUGUUUCUUGCGAGAAAAACCCAAUAAAAAUCGAAAUGUUCCACUAUUAUUUCAAUCACUACGAUAGUGACAGUCGAACGUACUUUGAUGGCAUCGAGAAGAUGCUCACUGUUGAAGAUAUAAGAAAUGUCAGUCGGUUGGUUGGUAAAGAUCUAGGCUAUCAAAAACACAAUAGGAUGUUCAGCAAUUACAGAGGCAGGGGAAGGGCAUUUGUUCUGAUAGCUAGCUAUAAAGGAAGAAGUGCAGCUUAUGUACCAGCUGUUUCUUAUGGAUGUGAUGCUAUGAAUUGGAAAUACGAUUGUUCGGAGCUGUCGUCUGAGUUUUGGAAGGUAUGCAGAGCCGUUUUACUCAUACUUGGAGGACUGUUGUGCUUCCAAGGGCAUAAAAUGUUCAGACUUACUAUGUUUCUGAUUGGAUUUAUAUUCGGAGUAUUGAUUACUUUUAUUGUCGUAUCUGUGGAACAUGCAUCACAUAAUGGAUAUGGACUGAUCUCCUUACUAAUUGGCUUUUUCUAUGGUGUAUUUUGGCUCUUUGUAUGGUGGAAAUUUGGGGUGCCACUGUUAUCAGUGCAACUCACAAUGAUACUCUCUGGUGGUUUGAUAGCGUCCAUAACCAUGAACCAACUAGGUGAUUACAACGCGUUUGCGUUAGAUAUAAACUACUGGCUGACUUUCUCUUGUAUUGUCAUUGCCUACAUGAUAAUCGGAGUAGCAGUCAUGAUGCAUGGUCAUAUCGUGUCAUGUGUCGUGAUUGGCUCUUACGCAGUUAUCGCUGCUAUUAGUUACUAUAUCGAUGGUAACAUGGAAUUUAUUUUUGUUAACUUUUUCCGAAGAGUGGUCGUCAAAAACUUUGGAUAUGCCGUUUUAGACCCACCGUUCUUGAUAUUUACAGAUACGUUCCUCUGUAUAAUGUGGAUCUUACUAUUCCUAGUUGGGGUGAAAUUACAAUCGCGGUACCAAAGGAACAGGUCACCGUUUCCGCCAAACAGGAAUGUGUCCCUGGAAAGGCCGUUAUCUGAAACGACGCCUUUACUGUAUUCGGAAGCGUAUCCUUCUCCUCCUGAGUACAGCGCAACUCCGUAGUCAGUACGUAAUAGCCCAGUACCAUUGGAUUUGUAUGCUGCUUUUUCAAAUAUUAAAUUUCGGCGAUAUCAUGCAUUUAAAGGACAAUGCUGGGCAUGUCCGCAAUAAGGGAACAAGAGCAGAAAUAGAACGAGUGGUAACCUGAGCGACGUAUAUUUCUGCUUAUUAGCUUCAUCAGGCGUGUAACAUUAAGGAAAACAAGAAUUGUAACAUGUUAUCAAUAACAAAAUUUAUUUUUAGAAAAAGCAUUCACUAAUAGUCUGUCAUUAACUGUUUUUCAUCUAACAUAGGAUGAACCAUAUACAUCUUCAAUUGGUUGCUUUUAUCCCAGUUUUUAAGGUACGUCGACGCACAGAGUUUAUGGAUAAUUGGUGUUGGAAACGAUAACCGUAAUAAAAUACACCAAAUCUUCUUCGUCUGUAUCUGAAGGUUAUUUUGUGAUAUUAGUAUAAUUCAUACUGUUGGAAACAGAGGAGCCCGCUUUUGGAGAAUAAUGCGACGUCUUCUAGUUCCUUGUAUCAAUAAUGCCUAUCAACAAUAAGCUAUUUUUAUUCGUAUAAAUUUUACAAAGCUUUUACAUCAUUUUGUUCCAUUUUCAUACUAAUCUUUAUGAAUGUGAAUUUUCAUAAACGUACUUUUAGCAUUCAUACUGCUGUGUUAGCAUUUUGAAUACUCAAUAAAGACUUG